CCGCCCACAAAUAGGAUUCCUUAUAGCCGUAGCUGAGGGGCUAAACCGCAUACUUUGCUUACAUCGUACUGCUGCUACACUUGCCGCACCUACAGCAGCAAACAAAUUUAAAAAAAUGGGAGUGUUGACAAUAAGAGUUGAAUACUGUGGCAAAUGAGGCUACGAGCCCCGCUACACGGAGCUCGCCCGGGUGGUCAAGGAUGAGUUUCCUGAGGCGGACUUGUCGGGCUUCGUGGGGAGGAAAGCCAGCUUUGAGAUUGUCAUCAACGAUCAGCUGGUUUUCUCCAAGUUGGAGCUGGGAGGAUUCCCCUACGAGGAUGACGUGUUGGACGUCAUCCAGAAAGCUCGUGAUGGCCACGCCUUGCAGAAGAUCAGCAAGAGCCGCGCACCCUGCGUUAUCAUGUAGCCACCGGGAGAAAACCGCCGCGACUUGAUGUGCAGCGUUGCGAUGAGCCCGGAUGCUAAAAGGUUACCAGCACACCUUUACCUCCACUAGACAACAUCUCUUCUGCUGCUGCCUCCUCUCUCAGCUCCCACUCUGGAGCUCCAGGCCGCUAAUGACUAGCACAGCCCAAAAAGCUUCACACGGCUGUGCUGCGAUGAAAUCACGCCUGGGUGUUCCUUUUUAACGUGCGAGCGGCGAUGAGGAGAAGCAGGGAAGUCAAAGUGGCAGUUUUUUUUUGUUUGUUUUAUGCGUUUAUCUCGUGCGUUCUUCAUCUUUUGGCAAGGUCAGUAAAAAAAAAGGAAAUGUUUCUGUGAUAUGCAUUUUUUGUAAUAACGGUUUUCAUGUGCUCUGUCAUAACUGCCAUGCAAAUACAUUUUUACUUUAGUGUCACGCACAAAAAGAGGAGCAUUGCAAUUGAUUUUAUUAAAAGUUUUAUUAAAGCAAAA